AUGCCUCCCAAGAAGAACGCCGACGACGCCGCUGCCAGCACCAGCCACAACUGUUCCGAGGCUGACAUCAAUCUCAUGAUUGCCAUUAUUGAGAUGAUUCCCCGCCCAGCUCUGGACUAUGACGUCCUCGCGGAGAAGCUAGGAUCUGCCACUGCCAACGCCGCCCGCAUGCGCGUGAGCGCUGCUAUCAAGAAGCACACCAACUGGUUCGCCGGAACCAACGCGACUACCGGAGAGGGCGGAUCCCCCAACAAGGCACCCCGUGCCAAACGCACCAUCAAGAACAAGGAGGACCCCAACGAAGAGUCUCUCGACGAGCAGGUGAUGCCUUCCAAGAAGAGAGCUCGUAACGGAAAGGCGAAAGCCAAGGCUGCGGUGGAGGAGACUACCAAGAAGACGGCUGCCAAGAAGGAGAAUAAUGAUUUUGCCGAUUGCCAGAUUUGA